AUGGAUGCAGGAGAUAAUGAACUUGAAAAGGCAAGAAAUAACCAGCGUACUAGACGGCGCACAAGCACACAGACAUCACCUUUGGUCAGGCAAUUCCUGCUUCAAAGGAAUGACGAAAUCCUAGAAGAGGAGGUCCAACCAGGCUUCAUUUACGAGAUCUACCACAAAAACCUUCCUCCUAGAACUCAUCUUCAACUGAGAUCCGUUCGCGUUUUUGUGGUAAUCAAUCACUUCGUGAAUCAAUAUCCGAGCAUUCUGUCAUUACGAACUUAUUUCAGUCAUGGAAUCAUGGAGAUGUAUCCUGCAUUAGAAGAGAAGUUCGUAAUGGGAGUAAAACUGGCAGGCAAAGUUGUUUUUCGGCAUGUUCCAUCUCAAGAAUUCGACGAGAAGAAGCAUCUGCAGAAUUUCUGGCUGGUGAACCCAAACUCUCAAGUCGGGUCGGGUCAUGCUGCUAUGAAGAUUGACGAGAUCGGAUUGGCAAAGGAACUGAAGAACAAUGCGUUGGUAAUUAAGGUGGGGUGUAAGAAGACAAGUUAUGUUUAUUGGUCACACAACGCUGUAGGAGCAAUGGAACAUUGGCUUCAAAGUGCUGAUCUUCUUAAAAUUAGGAAAGACACCGGAGUAAGUGAUCCUUUCUGGACUCAAACGCCUGUUAUAUUUAUGGCUCUAAAUCGUCCAUUUAUGAUUACUCUCUAUUGGGGUGGCAAUGUUGAAUAUGAGAAUGGAAUCAUCAAGGGCGACGAAUCAACUAUGUCUGCUUCAGACAUUAUUAGGCAAAAAAUACGGUAUGAACAAUUUCAAGAUUUGGCUUAUGCACUUGUUGGAGUCGAAAAAUCUUCAUAUAAGUUGAAUAUGUCAUUAUGUUACCAAUAUUCUGGGAGAUCUAAUAUCGCACCACUUAUAAAUGAUUCAACCUUAGACAUGUUGUAUUAUUUAGCUGCGACUGAUGAAAAUUAUUGGGGUCAAGUUUGUGUUGAAAUUGAGAAAAUAGUGAUACCUACAAAUACUAGUUUGGUAGAUCUCCUUCGUAAUUUUGAAGUACCAUUUCCUUUGCCGAGUGAUGAUAGAUUUGAGCCAAAUAAUGAGUUUGGAUUUGAUGAUCCCAACUCAGAAUGCAGUAGUGAGUCAUUAAGCCAUAUUGAGGAAGACUCUGAUGAUGUGAGUGACAAAUUAGUUGUAGACUUUAUGAAUGAUGUUGGAAAUAUAGGAGAUGAUGUCGUAGAAAAUUUAGAGGACAACAUUCAUAUAGAUGUUUGGAAGGAAACAGAAAACAAAAUUAGGUUAGGAAUGCAAUUUGAAAGUAAGCAGCAGGUGAAAAAUGCAGUAAUACUUUGGUCUAUUAGUCAAAAUAGAGAGUUUAAGGUGUAUGAAAGUAAACAUAACAAAUGGGUAGCAAAAUGUAAGACCGAGGUGGGUGAAGGAGAAAGCUCUAGUUCUAUGCACCAUACACAACCUUGUCAAUGGUAUAUCCGUGCAAUUAAGAAGAAAAAUAAUCAUAUGUGGCAGAUUACACAUUGGGUGGAUGAACAUAAUUGUUUUGGAUCUUGUAUUGGCAAUAAUAACAGAAAUCUAAACUCUAGAGUUAUUGCCUCAUACAUUCUCCAUUCAAUUCAAAAAGAUGUUGCUUACCCGGUGAAACAUGUACAAGCAGAUAUAAAAAAUCAUUUUCAUGUUGACGUUUCUUAUUGGAAGGCAUGGCAUGGAAGAAGAAAAGCCAUAGAGACCAUUUAUGGAACUUGGGAGAGUAACUUUGUUGAGUUACCCAAGUAUAUUGCAGCUUUGCAGGCUUCAAACCCUGAUACAAUUGUCAAGUGGUUUCAUAACCAAAAUAGCUCAUCACAAGUGGCAAAAUUCAAAUAUAUUUUUUGGGCUUUUGGACCAGCUAUUAAAGCAUUUCAUUUGUGUCGCCUUGUAAUUUCUAUCGAUGGUGCUCAUUUGAAGGGUUCUUACAAAGGAAAAUUGCUUGUUGCUGCUUCAAAAGAUGCUAACAAUAAUAUAUUACCAAUUUCUUAUGCCAUUGUUGACGAGGAGACAGUUCAUAGUUGGUGUUGGUUUUUGGGUCAUUUUAGAAAUUUUGUUGCUCCAAAUAGACAAUUAUGUGUUCUUUCUGAUAGGCACAAAGGAAUCAUUCAUGCAAUGGAAAAUCUAGAGGAGUGGAAAGAGCCAUUAGCAUACCAUCGUUUUUGUCUGAGGCAUGUCAGAAGUAAUCUCAUGAAAAGGUGUUUACAGAGUUGUCACAAGGUCACAGAUAAAUGGAACCGGAGGAAAUACAAGACUGUUAAUUAUUUUCAACAUAUGUGUACUUGUGGUAAGUGGCAAAUGGAGAGAUUUCCAUGUUCACAUGCACUUGCAGUUUGUCGGAAUAGAGGGGACAACCCUCUUUCCAUUGUGAACAAUGUGUACACUACUAUGACAUACAGACAACAAUAUAAUUUUGGGUUUGUACCACUUCCUCAUGUUGAUUAUUGGUUGGAUUCAAACUGGACGAUUGAAGCAGAUUACUCAAAACUUUCUGUUCAUCGAGGACGAAGGCGUGCAAAUCGAAUUCAUAAUGAGAUGGACAUUCGUCAUCCUGAUGAACCUCGUAGAUGUACACUAUGCCACCAGCCAGGUCAUAAUAGAAGAAAUUGUUCAAAUUCUCAACCAAGAUUCAAUGAGUAG